AGGAAGGAAGGUGGCAUUUUAAGAAAUGAUCAUUGAAGAUGAGUACCCGAAGUCCCGGGGGAUUGCCAGAUACCGUGAUGAUUUCAGAGUGUCUGAAAUCUUCCUCCUGAAGAGGAAUUCUAAGGGAGUUUUGGCUCAAUGCCACAUCCCCAAAGCCAAAGCAAGUUCCAGGAUCUUCCACCGCUUUCCGUACUUCUUGGUUUUGGGAUACACUCGUAAACUGUUCCUGCGUGAGAUAUGUGGGAGGCGGAACAAAAAUGUCUCAAAUUCCAGGUAGUAGGAACUCCUCAAUAAUGAUACUUUUUAGAAUUAAUCAUGUUCCACAGAAAUGUCAUGUCUUCUGUGCUUAAGAUGAAAGCAUGACAACACGGGCUCAGAGAGCUUAGUAACUUCCCCAAGAUUAUCCAGCUGGUGAGUGGCAAGGGCUAAACUCGCACCCAGGGCUCACAGAGGUGCGUUCUUAACCCCUAAGCUAGUUUGCCCUCUCCUCUAGCGCGUGCCUAUAAAUUAGACAUGGUUCCCGCCUGCCCAGAGCAUUCAGUGUAAGAGAUGGAGAUAAACAACUAUAAUAAAGUAACAUGGGUGAGAUGAGAGAGAGACUUGCUCUGGAAGAUGGCAAGAACCACAGGAAGCAGAGACUAUCACUGGGGCAGCACGUCUGUCACCUGACCAGAGGUGCCUACUGACACAGUAGGUAUUUGAGGAAAGGAAAAAGAAGUAGUGAGGAAAACAGCUCCACGGAUUUUUUAUAACUGGAAGAACUGGAGUCCUGGGGAUCAGCUGUCUCAUUUUACAUACAGGUAGAUUCAGUCCCGGAGAGAGUAAGUGGUUUGUCCAAGAGUAAACAUAUUAUUGACAAAGUGCAUAACCCUGGUCUCCUCACAGUUAUGUUGUGUAUUGUUUCACAAAUAGGGAUUAGGCGAAGGUUCAAGGAAUCAUUCCUGGGCAUCCAGUAGAUGACACACUAGCCAGAAGAGUCAUCUUACCAAAGCCUGGCUCUGAGCCUGGUACUGCCCCUUGAAUGAGGUAAACAGCAUUCAGGUACUUUGGGACCUGCCCCAGUCUACCCCUCUGGCCUUAUCUUCUGUUACUUUUUCUACUUUGUCCUUCAAACUGUUCCCCAUUUCCUAAUUCUGUGGAAAUUCUGCUCAUGCUUGAAGGCAUUGCUCAAAAGCCACCCCUUCUGCAAAAUCUCCAGUUGCCCCAGCAGGACUCUGCUCCAUCGCCAAAGCCAUCUGUGUUUGUUAUAGAGCUGGUCACAUUGGAUUUUCCUUUGAGUGUUGCUCCUGCAUUGCAAGAGGCAGGGGCUAACUUGCCCAUGUUUUCUCUCUUCUAUAAUACCUCACCUAUAAUGGGCGCCUAGCUAAUGUUUCUUGAUUCAAAUAGGUAUUUUUAUCUGUACCUUUCUGCUUUCUAACCUUCUUCCCCAGUUCCUGAAUAUGCUGGAUGAUUGGAUAGGAAAGAGAUUUUUAGGAAAUGGUCUUCAUGCUUCUCUGUCAUGGCAAGUAUCAAGGAAAGUGGGAAAGCCUACGUAACUACGUUCUUCUAGGGGACAGUUUGAAAAUGAUCUGUACACCCAAUCGGAGUAAAAAGGAAGUUCUCUUUCUUGCUCCAGUGGGAUGUCCCCAUGCGUCUACAGGUGGGAGUGGAAACCACUUGUGAUUUGAGUGUAUGCCAGCUGGUAACUUGACUCCCAUAAAAAGCAAACUCUUAAAAGAGGAAGAGUUCUGCCUCUCACUAAGGGAGAUCCACAGAGUUUCAAAUGUCCAGGGAGUAGAAAGCCCAACUUGGAGGAUGGGGAACGUCCAUGUGUUUGUGCUGAGCUGUGCAUGAAAACAUGACUUAUACCACUGGUUGAUGACUGAAAUACCUAAAGAGGCAGAAGAGCUAUGGGACCUUACCUUGGGCUUUUAAAGGGGGCUCUUCUCCCUCACUCGGCAUUUUUCUGCAAGACCUUUUGAACAGCAGAAUGCUUCUACCUUCAGCAUAGAAAGCAGCCAAGCCAGUCUGACCAGCUUGAGGGAAACACCAAACAAAGCUGCCAACUCCAAUCACAUGAACACUGGUUACUAAUUAUCUUCUGGCCUCUGUGGGGAAAGAUAUAGCAGCUUCCUGAUUGGAUCCCGAGGUUAAAAUAGCUCCACAUCUCUCUGUGCUCCAGCUGGAGGAGCAAGAAGACUGUCUCAGACACCUUGGGAGACAUUUUCAGAAGGACGGAUACAGCCUCAGGCUAACCUGCACCUGUCCACAUUUCAGCCCCGCCCAGGCCCAUGGAAGAAGGAAGUAAAACGCCCGUCUUUACGCACACCAAACAUGUGUGAGACCCAUGAAGUUAGAGAAGAAAGAGAAGCAGAGAAGAAAGGGCACUGGGGUUCCAGCUGGGAGUAUGAAGACCACAGGAGUCUACAGAAGAGGGACCUUACAGGGCUGGAUCGACUUUACAGAGAAGGCAGCUUGGAUUCCAGACACUGGACCUUGGGGCAGAAUCGGCCCUACAGAAAAAGGCAUUGUGGAUACUGGGCUUUUGAGCAGAAUGAACCAAGCUACGAGGACUGUGAGGAAGCGGAAGAAAGUAGAAAGGACUGUAUGAACUACGGAAGUACGGCUCAGAAUUGUGAUGGUUACAAGAACUCAGAAAACAUGGAUUAUGGGAAUCUGAGCCCAGGGACUAAGGGUAACUGGCUUACAGGCAGCCCGGAAAGCUGGAAAGCUGGAGGGUAUGGGGACGUGAAUGGCCACACAGAUGGUCAGAAUCUGAAUGGUGAUCCUGAGGUCUCCAAAGAAUGGUGCACUCGCCCCAGUGGUUUGGAUGAUUCUGGGGGGAAUUGUGGUCAACCUGAAAAGUGGCACAUGGACCACAGGAAUUUUAAUUAUAAUCCUGAGGAUUAUGAAGAAGCUAAUUUUUAUUAUAGAAACCGCAACAAUUUAUGUCAGGCUCCUGGGAAUUAUACUAAGGGUCGGUCUGUGGACUUCCCAGAUUUGGAUGGAGUGAAUGAAGGUAAAGAAUUUAUCAAGUACUAUGAAAGGGACAGAAAGGUUUAUCAAAAUGGUAAAAUCUGUCCCAAAGCAAAGAGUCAUGCGCUGGCUCCCAGUGACUUUGAUAUGGAAAAUAAAGGCUACGAUACUUCAUUUGCAAACUGUGAGUAUAAAUUUCAGAAUUACAGAGGGACAGAUUCUGUGCAUCAGAUGAAGAAUUGGGAGGAUAAUGGUAUUGACAAAGCAGGAAAGACAGCGCUUGGGAGCAGAGACACAUUCCCGGAUAGUCUGCAGGAUCGGCGGAUGAGAUGGGACCUGGGAGAACACCACGGUGGCAUUGUUCAGGGCCCUUGGUUAGGGAAGAAUACUUGGCAUUUUGAGGAAGAGAAGAAAAGAAAUGGCCUGGAGACUUGGAAAAGGAAUAGUUGCUACCGCCGCACAGCCCCCAGCAGCCUGAGGCGCUCAGAAUUUGUGCAAAACAGAAAGAAAACCCAAGAAAUGACGCUGCUCUCCUCCCAGUCUUCAUCACCGGUGGCCCCUCCUGGGUCCGUGUACACCGAAAACCCAGAGCAGAGGAUGCUGGAGAAGAGAACCAAGGUGAUAGAAGAACUUCUCCAGACAGAGAGAGACUACGUUCGCGAUCUGGAAAUGUGCAUUGAGCACAUCAUGGUGCCCCUGCAGCAGACACAGAUACCAAACAUUGACUUUGAAGGACUUUUUGGAAAUAUGCAGAUGGUGAUUAAGGCCUCAAAGCAGUUAUUGGCAGAUCUGGAAAUCAGCGAUGCUGUAGGGCCUGUGUUUCUUGAUCACCGGGAUGAGCUUGAGGGAACAUACAAGGUUUACUGCCAGAAUCACGAUGAGGCCAUUUCACUGCUGGAAAUCUACGAGAAGGAUGAGAAGAUCCAGAAGCAUCUUCAGGACUCCUUGGCAGAUCUCAAGAGCCUAUACACAGAAUGGGGAUGCACAAAUUACAUUAAUCUGGGAUCCUUCCUCAUCAAACCGGUCCAGAGAGUGAUGCGCUACCCCCUGCUGCUCAUGGAGCUGCUGAAUUCCACCCCAGAAUCCCACCCUGAUAAGGUGCCCUUAACCAGUGCAGUCCUUGCGGUCAAGGAGAUCAACGUGAACAUUAAUGAAUAUAAACGUCGCAAGGACCUGGUCCUCAAGUACCGAAAGGGCGAUGAAGACAGCCUCAUGGAGAAGAUUUCCAAACUGAACAUCCAUUCCAUCAUCAAGAAAUCCAACCGCGUAAGCAGUCACCUAAAGCACCUGACCGGCUUCGCUCCACAGAUCAAAGAUGAAGCGUUUGAAGAAACAGAAAAGAACUUCCGAAUGCAAGAAAGAUUGAUCAAAUCAUUUAUCCGAGACCUGUCUCUCUACCUGCAGCAUAUCCGGGAAUCGGCGUGUGUGAAAGUGGUGGCCGCCGUGAGCAUGUGGGAUGUGUGCAUGGAGAAGGGACACAGAGACUUGGAGCAGUUUGAGAAGGUGCAUCGCUACAUCAGUGACCAGCUCUUCACAAAUUUCAAGGAGAGGACGGAGCGGCUGGUCAUCUCUCCCCUCAAUCAGCUGCUGAGCAUGUUCACGGGGCCACACAAGCUGGUGCAGAAGCGCUUCGACAAGCUGCUGGACUUCUACAACUGCACGGAGCGGGCGGAGAAGCUGAAGGACAAGAAGACCCUGGAGGAGCUGCAGUCGGCCCGGAACAACUACGAGGCCCUGAACGCGCAGCUGCUGGACGAGCUGCCCAAGUUCCACCAGUACGCGCGGGGGCUGCUCACCAACUGCGUCCACGGCUACGCCCAGGCCCACUGUGACUUUGUGCGCGGGGCGCUGGAGCAGCUCCAGCCGCUGCUGUCGUUACUUAAAGUUGCUGGCAGAGAGGGCAACCUGAUUGCCAUCUUCCACGAAGAGCACAGCAGGGUCCUACAGCAGCUCCAAGUUUUCACCUUCUUCCCGGAGUCACUUCCUGCCUCCAGGAAGCCCUUUGAGAGGAAGACCAUGGACCGCCAGUCGGCGCGGAAACCGCUCCUGGGCCUGCCAAGUUACAUGCUACAGUCGGAAGAACUCCGGGCCUCCCUUCUGGCAAGGUAUCCCCCUGAGAAACUCUUCCAAGCAGAACGGAACUUCAAUGCUGCUCAGGACUUGGAUGUCUCACUUCUGGAAGGGGACCUGGUGGGCGUGAUCAAAAAGAAGGACCCUAUGGGCAGUCAGAACCGCUGGCUGAUUGACAAUGGAGUCACCAAAGGCUUUGUGUACAGCUCCUUCCUGAAGCCCUACAAUGCGCGCCGCAGCCACUCGGACGCCUCGGUGGGCAGCCACUCAUCCACUGAGUCGGAGCUGGGCAGCUCCUCCCCCAGGUUCCCGCAGCAGAACAGCAGCAGCACCCUGACCUUCAAUCCCAGCAGCAUGGCCGUGUCCUUCACAUCGGGGUCUUGCCAGAAGCAACCUCAAGAUGCCACUUCAUUGAAGGAACUGGACCAAGAAGCUCUCAGUGCAUCCUUAAAUUUGGGUUGUUCAGAAAGCAGUCCUUCCAGAUGCCCCACCGACCCAGACCCCAGCUCCCAGCCCAGGUCAUGGGACCUCCCAGAGGCAGCCAAAGACAUUCACCCGCCUGCCCCCGCCCUCAGGAGCUGCAGGAACUCCAGGCAUCCAGAAACGGUCGGUUACUCCCUACAAGGGCGAAACGGGCAGGGAAAAGACCUUACGAGAGGGUGUACGAGAACAUCCCAGUCUCUGGAAGACAAAAACGAAGAGCCAGAAAGCAGGGAGGCAGAAGGCAACCAGGUCUAUUUUGCUGUGUAUACCUUCAAGGCACGGAAUCCAAAUGAGCUGAGUGUGUCAGCCAAUCAGAGACUCAAGAUCCUGGAGUUUAAAGAUGUUAUGGGAAAUACAGAGUGGUGGUUAGCCGAAGUUAAUGGGAAGAAGGGGUAUGUCCCAUCCAAUUAUAUCCGCAAAGCUGAAUAUACCUGAACUUAUUCUCCUUCUCACUCAACCUUGCUGCCUUCACUUCCUUCUGCUGAAGGGUCCUGGUGGCCCCGUGAGAGGGCACCUGCUCCUGGGACACUGGCCCCAUCCGCACUGUUUAACUACGGCAUGGCACAGGACACAAGAUGAGUCUUGUUUCCCGCCAUUGGGUUGUCAACUUUGAUGCUCACUAGACUUUCUAGAAUUUGAAAUGGACCCCAGGGCUUGUGAAUGACUCUGUGACCAUGAGAAGAAAGGCAUGUCUCGAGUCAGCCUUUGGAAAUGAGAAAUUUCCCAUAAGAAGACCAGUAUCAGAUAUAUGCUGGAAGCACGCUCCAGCCUGAGAAGAUGUGGGCUUGGGUUGUACCAUACUGAGUUUGGGGUGGUCCCAUGCUCCGUGAACAAAUGCCAGAUACUGACUUGGAUGAAGAGAAUUCUCUGGGAGCCCUUAUAGACUGCGCCUCCGCACGUGGCAAGAAGUUUGUUGAGAUUGUACCAAAUCUGGUAUUUCAACGCUUCCGUGUUUAAUACACAUUCAUACAUACAUCCCCACCCCUAAUUUCCAAAAGUCCCUCAAAUACUACCACAAUCUGUAACCUUAUUUGUUUCAAAUACUGCAUUCCCAGAUUGCCGAGCCAACAUUCAGUUGUGUUCUCUUUUUUAAAAGGCUCUUAUUCUUAAAGUUUGCCCCAGAUAUGAGGCCUACCUGGGAAUAGAAAACUAGACUUUUGUCUCAAGAAAGGGAAUUAAGAACACCUGACAGCCCCCUGCUCCUUCAAGUGCACCUUUGGCCUUAAAAAUCCUGAUGAACUGGGAGACACCUAUGGGCCCCUUAGCCUUGUGUGUCUGCGGGUCGGUCAGAAGGCAGCAAUGCGAGUCUCUUGUGAAUAGUGUUUAUAUUUAGAGAUGUUUAUAUUUAAGUAGUUAUUUUAUAAAUAAAAGCAUUUCUAUGGGC